ACAAUUUCUCCAAUGGAGGCCUCUUGCAAAGCCACGCUGAAUCGAUUACUGAACCUGUCCGCACAUCCGAGAAAUCUGUCCGCUCUGCUCUUCCGAGCUUUACCUAAGCUGCAGCAUCUGUGUCUCCCUCCAACUUCACACAAGAAAUUCAGUGUUGAUCUGCCACCGAUGGAAUUGGAGGUUACACCGCCGGAGCUGCCACAGGACGUACUGAUGGAUAUAUUUGCCCUCCUGGAGAUCCCUGACCUUGUACGCGCUGCAUCCGUCUGCCCCUCAUGGUGCUCCGCAAACACCAGCCUACAGAAGCUUUGUCAGUACAAACGCCCCCAGACGCCGUGCCUGCUCUACACCUCUGAAACCGAUGGAGAGAGCGAUGCGCGGCUCUACAGCCUCGUGGAGAAGAGGUCGUACAAGCUAACACUCCCGGAGCCUCCUAUACGCGGAAGAUAUCUGAUCGGCUCCUCAAACGGCUGGCUAGUUACCGUCGAUGAUAGGUCUGAGAUGCACCUUCUCAAUCCUAUCACCUCCGAACAGAUUGUUCUUCCCUCCGUCAUCACCCUCGACCCGGUAGCACCCAUCUUCGAUGAGACAGGUGCCUUGUGCAAGUAUAAUUUUACGAGUCAUGAAUGGUGCCCACCUUUUACCGCUGAUCUUGACGAGCUACGGUGGUGCCUCCAUGACAGGGCAUUUGUGUUCUAUGAUACAUCCGCGAAACGUUAUAUCGUGGUGCUCAUCCACUAUCCACGUGGACAGCUUUCGUUCGCUUGGUUAGGGGAUGACAAGUGGACCUUGCUGCCACCGCACAGAAACUUUCAUGACUGCCUUUACAAGGAUGGUCUUUUAUAUGCUGUGGCUCAACAAAGAGAAAUCUUUGCAUUUGAUGUCAGAGGCCCUAUGGUCACAGAAAAGUUAAUUCUGGACAGGGCAAACGAUCAUAUCUAUAGAAAAAUUUAUAUUGUUCAGGCUCCUUGUGAUGAUCUGCUGCAAGUUUGGAGAAUAGAUGAAGAUGUGGAUAGCGCGCCAUAUGAUAUACAUGUUGGGAAGAUCGAUAUAUUUAAAGUUGAUACUACAUUGGCAAAGCUUGUGAAAAUAAAUAGCUUGGAUGAUCUUGUGUUGGUUCUUGGGUAUAACCAAUCGCUUUGUCUCAGUGCGGAAGAAUAUCCGGGGUUGAAGGCAAAUCAUGUCUACUUUACGGAUGAUCAUGCCUUUAAUAUUUUUGGACACAAGCAUAACCGUCGUGAUAUUGGAGUCUUUGACUUGGCAAAUAACACUAGAGGGGAACUUGUAUCCCCUCAGUGUUGGUCCAACUGGCCUCCUCCCAUCUGGAUAACACCUGCACUUACAGAGUUGUGCCCAACAACAGUUCCACCGCACACAACAACAGUUUGGAGUUCACAGUUUUGUAAUCAAGCGUGCCUGCGAGCUGCUUAG